AUGGCAUCUGCCCAACCCACAGAAAUGAAAGCCUGGCUCUACUCCAGCACAACCAAUGGCCUAGAAAAGAACCUCAGUUUCGCCGCAUCGGCACGCGCACCACCAGCCGUCCACGGCAACAAUGUCCUAGUCCAGGUCCUCUCAGCCUCCCUCAACCCAGCCGACUUCAAAGUCCCAGAAAUGGGUCUAGUAGCACGCAAACUAGUGAUCGGCACACCCGCCUCACCGGGAAUGGACUUCUGCGGACGCGUGGUUGUCACCGGCGACGCCGCGACUGAGUUUUCACCAGGCCAGCUCGUCUACGGAUGUCUCAGCAAGCCCGGUCAAUUCGGUUCUUUGGGCGAGUACCUAGUGGCAUCUGCGAGUCUGCUUGCGCCCGUGCCAGAGGGCGUGGAGGUUGAUCAUGCAGCGGCUAUCGGUAUUGCGGGACAGACGGCGUACCAGUCGCUGGCUGGGUACGUUAAUGAUGGAGAUAAGGUGUUUAUUAACGGUGGCUCUGGGGGAUGUGGAAUUUUCGCGAUUCAAAUUGCUAAGGAAAUGGGAUGUCAUGUUACGACUACUUGUUCGACGAAAAAUGUGGAGUUUUGUCGUGGGCUCGGCGCUGAUGAGGUUAUUGAUUACUCGGUUGAGGAAGACUUGGUUGCUACGCUUCGCAAUCGUGGGGUUGUCUUUGAUCAUAUUGUUGAUCAUAUUGGAUACCCUGCGCCGAUGUAUCGCGAGUCGCAUCACUUCUUGGCAGCUGGGAAGGCUUUUGUGCAGGUCGGUGCGUCGGCCAUGGGGACCUUUGUCGAUAGGUUGAUUUGGCCUUCUUUCUUGGGCGGCGGAAAGAGGAAGUAUGUUAUCUUCUUCUUCAAGAAUACCCGUGAGGAUCUUGUGAGAAUCGGGGAAUGGGUGCAGAAGGGGGCUGUCAAAAUUCAGCUGGAUACUGCCUACGAGUUUGAGAAUGCUGUUCAGGCAUUUGAGAAGCUUCGCUCUGGUCGUGCUAGGGGAAAGAUUAUUGUGCAUGUAGCUAAGCCAUGA